UAUUAUUAUAAUUUUAUAAUACCUACCUAAUAAUAUUAUAAUAAUUAAUAAUAUAAUUUUAUUAUUAUUAUUGUGUUAAAUGCAGUACUGACUAAUGACUACUACUUACUAAGUAAUUCUAAAUUCUAAUACAAAUCACUACAGUAAAAAUUACUGUCAUAAUAAUAAUAUAUAUUAUGUAGACAAAUGGUGUGACCAUAGCUUGUAAAUACAAAGAAAUUUGCCGAUGUAAAUAAUAAUUUCCAACCAAAUUCUUGCCUAUAUACAAUAAUCGAAUCGUCGAUAAUCUAAGAAUAAAAAAAAAUACUAAUUGAAUAAAAACGAUUAUUUUAGUAAAUAGUAAAUACUUAACACGAUGAUCUCCCGUAGCCCGUAGGAAUACGCUUUUUUUGGUUACAGCAGUUGGCUAUUUAAAAAGCCACCGACACACAACUUAGGAUAUCAUAGUAGGAUCUCGGAGUUGAAGAUCAAAACAUAAGUCGGCUAGGUGGGCUGGUUUAAAAAGCUUGACUGGCCAGAACAAGACGUACUUAACAACAUCGUAGGAAGUCCAGUCGUUUAUCGUUAUCAGAUUAACUUCAAUCAAACAAUCAAAAUAAUAGUUACAGUCUUGUCGUCGCCUAGUCGCACUCUCUCGUGGGACGGAGUAUAGAAAUUAAUUACUUAAAUACUUAUAUUAGGUAGUCUGCUCAUACAUUAAUGAGACACUACUCAGUACUCGUACGCGAGUUAUGUGAAAAACUAACGUCUCAUACCUAUCUGUCGAUGCCCCCGCCAAUGUCCGUGUGACCGUGUAGAUGAUUUUAAGUUCAGUGUCCUGUAUAUUUUGCUGCAGAACAUUAAAUAUUUAAAUAGUGAAUAUAAUAAUUCGGUUAGCUGUUUUAAUUUUAAUUAUGGAUGAUGAUAACUGUCUUCAACUGAAUGAUGAUCCCAUUCAGUUUGUUCCUGCAAGUGUAAGCAAAACAACAAAUGUGUUUUACGAUGAGAUAACUGGACAGAUAAUUACUGUUCAUUCUGGUGAGUUGACUGAAAUAAUUGUAACAUCAAGCACUCGCUAUAGAGAAAAUAUGGUGUUUAAAAUAGAAGAUCGUGGACCAGUAUCUUCAAUAAAAAUGUCCCUGGACUGUAAAAUAUUAACAAUGAUGAGAACAGCAUUAUCCGUGGAAUUAAUGGAUAUUAAAGAAAAUACAUUACAAAGUCCUUAUUUUUUGUAUUGUAAAUUCAAAGGUGCCAAAUUGUUGGGCUUUAUUUGGACUGGUAACAACGAAAUACUUUUAAUUAGUGAUAAAGGUGUAGAAUUAUACCAGGUUGAAGGCCAAGGACCUAAGCAACGCAUAGUUUUUUCAAAAUCUAUUAAUUUGCAUGUGAAUUGGUUUAUUUACUCAAAUCACUCAAAAAUAUUACUACUGUCUAUGAAUUCUUUUGGAGAUUUUCAACCCCUUCAUAUUUUACCUGGAAAUAUAAACAAACUGACAAAAUUAGAAGUUGAUUUAGAUAUUACUCUUAAUAUACCAAAUCAAUCAAUUAGUGAACGAAAUAUUGUAAUGACAAUUGUGUACAACACACUCAGGAUAUUAGUUUUACCAACAAGUCAAAGUCGCAAUGAAAUAAUAGUUUAUACAUUAAACAAAAUGAUGACGUUUAAAAAAUCACAUAUUCUACGAUUGACACACAAUGGUAAAUUGUUGAUUAAUGUAGUUGAUAAUUUGAUUGUCGUUCAUUACCAACAAACAAAGUCUUCUUCUGUAUUCGACAUAUAUAUGGAAGCUGCAAAAGAACAUACAAUAUCACAUUAUUUACCUAUCUUAGAUGAUCUAUCAAUUAAAAGAACAGUUCCAAGAGAAGGAGGAUCACACUAUGUUUCUCAUCUAUAUUCAAGUAUUUGCAUUUCAUUUCAACCAAACAUAAUAAUAGAUGCUAAAUUAGGUUAUCUCUGGCAUUUCAAACUAAACUUAGCAGUUGUAUCCAGAAUAAUUAUGGAUAAAUGUUCACUUAUUGAUUUUCUUCUUUUACGUCCAAAAUCAAAAGAUAUCACUUUGGAGGUAUUACAACAUAUGAUUUUACAAAAAAGAAGUAAUUUGAUUGAAAUAGGUAAUGUUUUUGAUCAUUUGAAUAUUGUCUACAAGAAACACCUCAACAAUCAGAUUAUGAACACCAGUCCAUUACCUAAUGACUAUAUGAUUGUUGCUGAAUCAUUGCAAUGUAAAGUCGUUAUAGAACAGUUGGAUGUUUACAUGCAUGUGUUUGUAAAAUUAGUAGAUAAAUUAGAAAAUACUAAAGAAGAUAAAAAAUUUACAGUUUCAAUAUUAGUUGAAUACAUACGGUCGCUAACAGAUAACAAAAUAACUAUUGAACACUUUCUUUAUGAAUUGCUCAUAAACUGUCUAGUAAUCAAUAAAAUGUAUUAUCAGCUGCAUCAGAUGGUGCAAUACCAUAUUGUUAUCGACUCAAAGCCACUGGCUUGUUUAUUAUUAUCUUUGGAAUCACUUUAUUCACCAGCUCAUCAGAUGGCGCUUGACAUGUUGCAUAGAUUGAAUACAGCCCAUGAAGAGAUUGUUGAAGUCUUACUUUCCAAGAAACAAGUCAUCCCGUCCAUGAGAUACAUGUCAAAACACAAUAUGCUGGAUCACUCUACUUAUAGAAAAUUGACUGAAAUUGCAAUUUCAACUAAUAAUUCAAAAAUAUUGCAUUCCACAAAAGAAGAAUUUGUACAAAGGAAAGUAACAUCAAAUGACGAACUUGACACAAAUACCAUAGGAUAGUUUUAAAAAUAAUUAAAAUUAAAUAUUUAAACAUUAUGACUAUUAUCUAAUAAUGUAUUAAAAUUUAAAUACUUGUUGUUUACGACUUAAAAAUAUUUAUAUUAUAACUUUAAAUCAUUUACUAUUUAUUUUUGUUAAUACAGAUAUUUUAUCAUAAUUUAUUUUAAAUUUUAUUACUAAUUUUAUUUGUUAAAAUAAAAUAAUAAAUAAAAAUAUAAAAACAGUGAUAUCUUCGUAAAAAUGUAUCCAACAUCCAAUUUUAAUGAGUCAUUCAAUUUUACUACUCUGAAUGUUAAAGAGACAUAACUUAAUUUAAUCUGCUUCUACUUAGCGUAUAAACGACCUUGUUUGACAUAAAAAACAAAUUUAUUUAAUAUCAUUAAGUACUCAAGAACUAAUAAUAGUAACUAAUAUAUUAAAAUAAAUUUCUCCUUGUGUAAGUUCUAAUAAAACUUAUUAAUUUUAUGACUCCUA